AUGUCCCGUAAAUUAGACCUCUCAAGGUUCAGAGAUGACGAUUCGGACGAUGAUAAUCCUUUCGUACCCAAGACAAAGUUGGAAUUGACAGAUUUGAAAUCAAAGGUUUUUGCUUUAGGGAAUACCAAAAAGUCUAAGAAAGAUUUAGAGAGGGAAGCAGAGGAAAGGAGGAAGAAAGAGGAUGAAGAAGCCGCUAAACUUGUCAUGGCGGAAUAUGAAGAAGCUUUCGAGAAACCUUCAGGAUCUACGACUCGGAAUCGAUUCGUUCCUGCUGGAGGAUUCGUUAAAGCUGCAACAACACCUGCGCCUGUUAUUCCCAAAGGUCCGAAAUCUAUGGAAAACAUUCCCAGAGGACCAGCAGCGAUGGGUUAUGGCAGGCCAACAAGACCAUCUCCGCCAAAACAACCCUCCCCUCCUCCAGGCCCAAAGCCUCGAGGAAAACGAGCCAUGGACGCGUUUUUAGAAGAAUUGAAAAGAAACGAAGCUGCUCGGGAAGAAAGAUUAGGCCGGACUGCCCAACUAGAAGGCUCAUCCAUCGCCGCGCUCGCAGCUUGGGAGAAUGAGAAAGGCGGAAAGCCUCCUGAAGAGGGCGAGUCGACAAAUCUGUUCAUCACCAAUCUCCCUCAAAAUAUCACAGAAGAAAGCCUGGGAAUGUUCUUCGCCAAACACGGCCCGAUAGGGACCGUCAAGAUCAUGUGGCCCAGAGGUGAAGAAGAUCGUAGGGGUACGAGAGGCUUGAUGGGAUUUGUCAACUUUAUGAAACGUCGGGAUGCUGAACUGGCCCUCGAAGCGAACGAUCAGUUGGAUUGGGGUGGGACUAUCAUCCGAGUGACAUGGAGUAAAUCAGCUCCAAAACCUAGUAAACCGAUCUAUGGUGUGUUUUCGUUGUUGUCUCUUCGUAAACGUUCCCGAUCUGACUCACGUGGUCGGACUCGUAGACGGUCUUAUUCGUCUUCCUCUUACUCUUCGUAUUCCGAUUCCAGGUCAAGAUCAAGAUCACGGAGUCCUCCUUCCAAAUCUGAUCUUUAUCGAGAUCAAUGGGUAGCGAAGAUAGACAAAGACCGCGCGGAGUUUGUCAAAGGUGUAGCGAGGAAGAUCAGAGAUAGAGGAAGUGGAUAUGCCGAAGAUUUGAGAAUGAAAGAGAAGGGGAAUAAAAAGUAUGAUUUUUUGUCUGAUAACACGCUGCCAGAAUACCAUCUCUAUCGAUCAGGCCUCUCAUCACGAUAUCGAUUCCCUACACCUCCCCCUGACCCAUUCAUCGAUGAUGGUAUAGCUUCCGUCUACUCUACCGAUUCCGCAGAGGAAAGUGAGAAAGAACGUACUGCCAAAGGUCAUCUUGGUAAACUAGCUAGGAAAAGGUUCGAAGCAUUGUUAAGGGUGAUGAGUGGGAAAAGGGCGGAAAUUGCUAGAGCUAUGGAAUUCGCUUUGGUCCGUGCGGAAGCUGCGGAUGAAGUGGCUGAGAUGGUUUGUGAAAGUUUAAAAUUGGGUGGAACACCUGUUCCUAGGAAAAUGGCGAGGUUGCAUUUGGUUUCUGAUAUUUUGCAUAAUUCCGCUUCUCCUCUUCCGAAUGUAUGGAAAUACAGAUUAGCUUUCGAAUCCCGUCUUUCACCCGUCUUCGCGCACUUAUGUACCGUCACUCAAAGUUUGGACGCUUAUUCGGGUCGAAUCAGUGCGGAGGUAUUUAGAAAUCAAGUUUUAGCCGUGUUGGAUAUCUGGGAUCGUUGGAUGUUAUUCAACCAAGGAGUUAAUGAUACCCUUCGGAAUUUAUUACUAGGCAAGACAUCUUUAUCAUCUCUCACGUCUCGAGAUACUAUUUCAAAAUCAGGAUCAACAAUGGAAUCUUCGGAACCGAAAAAGUCUGAAGGGGAGAUGAAGGGAUUCAAAUCAGGAGGAUUCAAAUCGAGCUUUAAACCUAUUGGAAGUGUCGUUUCUGUUUCUAUCACGGACACGGCUGUGCAGAUGGGAGAAGUGGAAGAUGUCGACGGGAAACCAAUGGACGGCGAAGAUGUAGAUGGUGAGCCAAUGAACGAGGAAGAUGUAGAUGGUGAGCCAAUGAACGAGGAAGAUGUUGAUGGGGAACCUAUGGACGAGGAAGAUGUAGAUGGUGAGCCUUUGAACGAGGAAGAUGUAGAUGGUGAAGCAAUGAACGGUUCGAAUUAUUUGAGACGAUACGAUCUGAAAGAAGAGGAAGAUGUUGAUGGUGAACCUAUGGAAAUUUUGGAUGAAGAAGAUGUAGAUGGAAUCCCAUUUUGA